GCGGGUUCCACAAUUCGGAAACCCGCCGAGAAAAUUAUGUCGGAAAUCCAGCUGUUAUAACGCAACCGAGUCACGCAAAACCCUCGGGCCAAUUUGAGGAACGCAGCAAAUCAAAUUAUGUUGGGAAUCCGAAUCCAUGGAUGCAAAAUUUGCAAGAGCAACACAAACUCGAACAACAACACCUCCAGCGAUUACAUUUGAAGGAACACAACGAUUUGCUCCAGUUACAAAAUCAGCAACUCCAAUAUCAUCAGAUGAAUCAGCCGCAAGGGAACCAAGAUUUUACCGGUUCGAGUCAAAAUCCAAUCGUGGGGACGGCUUGGGGCAUACCGUCUCUGCACUCACCGCAUGGAGGAUUCGGAGGAUUCGGAGGAUUCGGAGGCACUGGCACAAGACUGUUUUCCCUCGGUCCUUUGGGAUUGAACAGUUUCAAAAUAGGAGGGUUAGGAGGGGGUGUUAUGCCCCCGUUACUUUUGAGCACUCAUCAACAACCUCACAUGCGGGUGGUCAAUCCGAUGCGAGCACGAGUGUUGUCCGAAGCAGACGUGACGUCAGAUCGGAAAAUUCUGGGAAUAUCUCUGGACGACGAUACGGAUCAAAAACCGCACGCGUUCAGCCGAAUGGCGUGGCCCAGAACCCGACCUUAAAAUCCCAGUCGGAUAACGCCCCGGAAACGUCGAAAUCCAUCAAAGGAAGCGAGGACAUCGUUGGAGAUAGGGAAGAAAAAAAUGAUCAGGACGAAACCGUCGGAUCGAGUCUACUGGAUCCCCUCGGUCUUAAGGACAAGGUGGAAGACUUCAUGGAAGAUUUGGGCAACUUUCCGAACCCUUUGGACGCUCUGAGGGGAGACGGUCGUCAUCCGGGGCUACCUCAUUACCUGGGCAAGGCAGAUUCGUCGACAAAAACAUCCCAAGUGCCUCAAAUCGAGGAACACAUCGUGGGCGCGUCCCAGCAGUACAACCAAUACCCGAAUCAGUACCAACAAGGAGCCAACGAUUACACCCUGACGAGUCAAAACUACCCCCAGACGAAUUCGCGGCAACAGUAUCAGCAACAACCGAUCGUCGGCGGGUACAGACAGUCGCAGGGUCAACAACGACCGAUCGUUCAACCGCACUCGACGAUACCGCAAAAUCCAGCACCCAGGCCGCCUAUCCCGUUAUUCGGAACGUCCCCCGUACCCCAACCACCCUUCGGGCCGGCGUGGACCGGCAGAUCGAAUCAAAUGGCUUAUCAGCGUAAUUCGAUGCCUUAUCAGGGAUACGCGGCAUCUGGUUAUCCGAAUUCUUAUGCACAGAUGAACGGCCAGAUGACCGGGGCUAAGAGUUCGAUGGUCGGGGCGCCGAAUCCGACGAUUCAAUCAUCUAAUUCUAACGGGCCCGUGAACGAGCAACAGACGAAUGGCCGGAAUAUGAAUCAACCGAUAUUGGGCAGCCCUUCACCUUCGUCGGGCGGACAAGAAGCGAUAAUCGGAGCACCGAAUCCAACGUCUGGAUUUUACGGGGGUGGACAAGAUUUGUCGCCUUUUUCCGACGUGGUCGGAGUUGCGCAACGCGUGAUAGGACCGUUGAUACAAGAUUCGUUUACUGGGAGCGGCGGACCUUACGGUUAUCAAAAUAGGAACGCGAAUCCGAUGACGGGAAUGUUCAACGGUGCUGAUCGGUACGGAAGAUACGGCGGUUACAACGGUGGAUCAUCACCUAGACACCUCGGACUCGGUGGCCUCUACGACAAUGGUUUCAACAAUUUAUUCGACGGGGGCUACAACGAUUGGAAUUAUCACAACGAUCGGUACGACAGAAUUUAUGGAGACGGAUACGAAUACGGGGGCGAUUAUCCGGGCUACGGAUACGGUCAUCACCAUCAUAAUCAUCAAUAUUCGCAAAUAUUCAAAUAGAUUAGUCGUAACGUUUUGCAUUUAUUAUUUGAAAAUAACUUGAAAGAAAUCAAUUAUUUCUUCCCAAUUAUCAGGUAUUCCGUCCAUUAUCGUAGACGUAAGAUUCGGAAUCUUAUAUUUCAUUUAAUUUAAACCUUUUUUAUCCUCUACUAGUUCGUAAUAUUUUUUAUCCACAAUUUUGUACUCGUAUGACGUUUCAUCAAUAAACGAACCUACGAAAAAUCUCUUUAGU